CCUUAACCUACUCCACACAAUACAACUACAACACAACACGACCUCUCUCUCUCUCUCUAUCUCUCUCUGUCUUUCUCUCUCCAUGGCCAGAACCCCUGUCUUCUCCCGCCGGCGGAGGCCGGACCAGAUCGACGCCUUAGAUCGCAUCCCCACCUCUGAUUCCGAGGUCCAUGUUCUCGCCGUCGACGACAGCCUCGUCGACCGUAAAGUAAUUGAGCGUCUUCUCCGCCUUACCGCCUGCCGAGUUACUGCGGUGGAUAGUGGAAUUAGAGCUCUGCAAUACCUUGGAUUGCAAGACGAGACCAAUUCCCCUGUUGGUUAUGAUGGGUUGAAGGUGGAUAUGAUCAUCACCGAUUACUGCAUGCCCGGAAUGACUGGUUACGAAUUGCUCAAGAAAAUUAAGGAAUGUUCUGCUCUGAGGGAGAUACCGGUGGUGAUUAUGUCGUCGGAGAACGUGGUGGCGCGUAUAGACAGAUGUUUGGAGGAAGGGGCGGAGGAUUUCAUAGUGAAGCCGGUGAAGUUAUCAGAUGUGAAGCGGCUCAGGGAAUAUAUGGUGGGGGACGAAAAGACUGCGACUCAGAGGAGUGGGAUCAACAAGAGGAAGCUACGAGAGCCGUGCGAUCACGCCUCAUCGUCACCGUCUAUUUCAUCAUCCGAUUCCGCUCCAUCUCCAUCGCCGUCAGAUUCGCUUCAAUCCACCCCAUCUUCGUCAGAACCAUCUUCUCCGACGUCUACUCUUCAAUCCGACGGCUCUAAAUGACUCUCAAUGAAUCAGGAAUACCCUGCGAGAAUAGCAACAUAUCCCCCCUCCUCCUCCUGUUAUUAUUUCUUUUUUGAAAAAAUUAAACAUCUUCCUUUUUAUUUAUUUAUUUAUUUUCCUCUUUCCCCUGUCCUGUUAGUUUUAACGGUCGUUUGUUGGAAACCCCAGUUUUGUCCGCUUAUGUUAUUUAGGGCUAGGGAAUCGCCGUUAAUUACUAAAACGCAACGCAUAGGGGUUGUCCGAUCCUCCGGGGCCAAGGCGUGAUGUACAAUUCAUAGAGUUCAAUCAUAUAAAUAUUGAAAAAUAAAAAAAUAAUCUCCCGGAUAUUUUGUUAAA